GAGCCCCAGCGCUUGAUCCUCCGUUCGAAACGAUUUUGAAACAUCAUGGCAGCCACAACAACAGCGAACAAAUCACCGCAGCAACAUGAACAGCAGCAACACAGACGGCAGCAACAUCUUCAGUGGAGCGCCUGCAUUUUGAUAGUCGUGUUCGGACUGUUUUCGAUGCUGGCAGGGAACUGUGUCAAUGGGCAAAUCGAUGGCUAUACUGCUGGUGAGGACUAUCCCGCCUAUGAUGCCGUUCCCAAGGGACUGGCCUUCAAUUGCCAGGGUCGCCAGCCAGGUUACUAUGCUGAUACAGAGACGCGUUGUCAGGUUUGGCAUUGGUGCCUCCACUCGGGACACCAGUACUCCUUCCUCUGCCCCAAUGGAACCGUCUUCAACCAGGCCGUGAGGGUAUGCGACUGGUGGUCGAAUGUGAACUGCGAGGGAUCGGAGCAACUCUACCAGAACAACGACGAGCUGUAUCGCAUUCCAGAGCGCCAGCAGCAGCAGAAUGAAGUAUGAUAUGAGGCCGAUGAUGAGUAUAAGAUUGGGACAGCAAACGGAACCAGACAGCGCGGCGGAAGACAGCGGCAAUUUCAAAACCAACAGCAACAGCAGCAGCAACAGCAACAGCAGCAACAUCAAGCACUCAACAGCAACUCGGCAAUCGGCGGAAUCAACAGCAGCAACAGAAUCGUAGAUAGCAGCAACUACAAUAAAAUGACCAAAAAUAGCUUUAGAGGUAGCAUGAGAUUUACCACACCAAGUACCAAUCCUCAAUCGUCAUACUCAUCAUCACAGCAGCAACAGGAGCAACAGCAACAGCAACAGCAGCAACAUCAGAACCAGAAGCAACAUAAUUCUAGUAAAAAUAGCGAAAGAAAAUCAAAGCCUAGUAGAGUUAACCAUAGAGAUAGGGAAAACAACCAAACUAGAUCUAGGAAUCGUCCUCACAGUACCCCCCAACCCGGCAAGAAGAACAACAGCAACAGCAACAGCUCACGAGGCAAACAGCGAUAUAACACAAAUAAAUUCGAUAGCGACGCGGAGCUCAAGGAUUACAAGAGCAAGAUCAAGAACAAAUACAAUAUCGAUUAUGAUCAUUCUUUGGAUGAAGAAUAUGAAAUAAUCGAGGCCAUCGAAUGAGUUUAAUUAGCUUUAUACUCGUUGUUCUUGAUGUUGUUGUCACAAAAAACACCUCAUAUUGGCGCUACUUUCCCCCUAUACAAAUUUCGAGUGUUCCCCAAAAUUAUCCGUUGUAUAUAAGAUAAAAACACAUUCCUUUCAUUGUUAAAUACACACACCAUCAUUUAAAUUUGUAAAAGAAAAACUUUGCUUGUGAUGUCC